UGUGCCCGGGCGUGUGUUUCGAAAUUACAUUCGAAAAUGAACGUUGAGUUUUUGAAACAAGUGAGGCCAGAACUAUGGGUCGCUUUAGGCGCUUUAAUCGUUACGUAUGUGAUUUCCUCCAUUGUGAGAAAUUGGAAGAAGAAUUUCCCACCAGGUCCCAUUGGAUUACCGAUAGUAGGUUACAUGCCAUUUUUAACGAAGAAACCUCAUGAAAAACUGACGCAACUGUCAAAAAAAUAUGGAGAUGUUUACAGUAUUCGAUUAGGCUCAGAAUUGGUAGUUGUGUUGAAUGGAACGAAGGCUAUAAGGGAAGGUUUUUCGAAAUCGGAAUUGCUGGCAAGACCUCCCACAUCUCCAUUUGCAUUGUUCGGUAGUUCUGAUAAUGAAAGUCCCUUCUUCCUCAGUGGCGUACAUAUAUGGCAGGAACAAAGGAAAUUUGUUGUUCAAUCUAUGAAAGAUUUAGGAUUAGGAAAGUCCAAAAUCGAAGGAAAGAUUCAGGAUGAAAUUCAUUAUUUUCUCGAAGUACUGAGAAACACCAAAGGGCAGCCGAUAGAUUUGAAAGAGCCCCUCACCCCUAGUAUGUCGAACAACAUUGCUUCCUUGGUUUUUGGAGCACGAAACGAGUACAAGGAUCCUGAGAGAAUCCAGUUUGAUGAAGCUUUGGACGAAACUGCUCGUUCAGCUGGUCAGACGGCAUCUCACAUUUUCUUCCCGUGGAUACGAUAUAUCCCUUUCAUUUUGAAGUUGCUUGAUUUAGAUAAAGCUGUGAAAGCUGGUCUAAAGAUAGAGGAAGUUUACAGAAAGAAGAUAAAGGAACACUUGGAAACCUUGGAUCCCAAACACCCCAGGGAUUAUAUUGACAGCUAUCUCAUAGAAAUGGAAGCAAGGAAAAAGAAAGACCCUAACACAAGCUUUACUUAUAAAACCCUUAUCGGCAGUACGGGAGAUCUCUUCGGGGCUGGAAGCGAAACAGUGCGGACUUCGGUAGGAUGGUGCAUGUACAUACUGGCGGCUUAUCCUGAGGUGCAGAGGAAAGUGCAGAAAGAAAUUAUCGACGUCAUAGGUUCGGAAAGAAGUCCCGAAUUCCCAGACCAGAAGGACAUGCCUUUCACACAUUCAGUUUUGCUGGAAGUCUCUCGAUGGCAGACUACAGUGCCACUAAAUAUCUUAAGAUACACAGUGGCAGAUACGACUGUUUGUGGGUAUGACAUUCCGAAAGACACCAUUGUGUUGGGUAAUUUCUAUUCGGCUCACCGCGAUCCCAACAACUGGGAAGAUCCCGACACGUUCAAACCAGACAGGUUUUUGGCUCCAGAUAAGAAAUCUGUUGUGAAAUCUCCAAAUCUGAUUCCGUUCUCCGUGGGCAAAAGAGUCUGCCCCGGAGAAAUGAUGGCGACUAUGGAAAUAUUCCUCUAUGUCACGUCUAUUCUUCAAAAAUUCGAUGUAGCUUUCCCUGAUGGAUACAAACCAAAUUUCGAAGGAGAGCUGGGGGUUACCUACGCAUUGAAGCCACAUAAACUAAGAUUCAUUGCCAAGAACUAUUUUUGGAAUUUAAAGAAUUCUCUUUUUAGAAUGCAAUUCAUACCGCUAACAAAUACCAAUAUGGAGCUAAUGGUAGUAGUAGGAAGCUUAGUCGUCGCCUAUCUGAUAAUUAUUCUUGUCAAAAAUUGGAGAAGUGGUUUACCACCGGGGCCUAUAGGUUUGCCAGUUGUUGGGUACAUACCAUUUUUGACUCGAAAUGUGCACUUGAAAUUUCAAGAACUGGCCAUGAAGUAUGGAGAAGUUUUCAGCGUACGACUCGGCUCUGAAUUAGUCGUGGUGCUGAAUGGGACCAAAUCUAUAAGGGAAGCUUUUGCUAAAUCAGAGUUCCUGGGCCGGCCACCGAUCUCCGCGUUUUCCAUCUUUGGAAACCCUAACAACGAAAGUCCAUUUUUCAUCGGUGGAGUUCACGUGUGGCAAGAGCAAAGGAAAUUUGUUGUCCAUGCUAUGAAGGAUCUAGGCCUGGGAAAGACCAAAAUAGAAGGGCACAUACAGGACGAGAUCAGCCACUUUCUGGAGGUGCUGAAAAGCCACAACGGGGAACCCAUCGACGUAAUGGAACCGCUCACACCCAGCAUGUCUAACAACAUAUCCUCCUUGGUUUUCGGGACGAGAUACGACUACAAGGAUCCAGAGAGACUUCUGCUUGAUCACAGCUUGGACGAGGUGUCCAGAAUAGCGGGACAGACAGCUGUCCACAUAUUCUUUCCCUGGAUCAAAUACGUACCUUUUAUUGUCAAGUUUUUUGAGUUUGAGAAAGCUCUCGCCGCAGCUAAUUGCAUGGAAAAUGUUUACAGGAAGCAAAUCCAAAAACACAAAGAAACUUUAGAUCCGAAAAAUCCGCGUGAUUUUGUUGACAGCUAUUUGAUCGAAAUGGAAGAAAGGCAGAAAAAAACUCCGGAUACUUCAUUCACAAGUAAAACGCUGAUUGGCAGCGCUGGAGAUCUCUUUGGUGCUGGCAGCGAAACUGUGCGGACGUCGAUAGCGUGGUGCCUGUACACCAUGGCUGGAUAUCCGGAAGUCCAGAAGAAGGUUCAGAAAGAAAUUCUCGACGUUCUGGGACCAGACAGAAAUCCAGAAUUUUCUGAUCAGAAGAACAUGCCGUAUACUCAUUCUGUUCUCUUGGAAAUAUCCAGAUGGAGAACAACAGUUCCCUUAAAUAUUUUGAGAUACACAUUGGCAGAUACAAGUGUGUGUGGACACAAUAUCCCGAAGAAUACCAUUGUCUUAGCAAAUUUUUGGGCCGUUCACCACGAUCCAAAUAAUUGGGAAAAUCCUGAUAAGUUUGAGCCAGAGAGGUUUUUAUCAACGGACGGAAAAUCCAUCGUUAAGUCCAUUCAUUUGAUGCCAUUUUCUGUCGGUAAAAGAGUAUGUCCAGGUGAAACAUUUGCCAACAUGGAACUAUUUCUUUACUUCGUAUCCAUCUUUCAAAAAUUUGAUGUAGUUUUCCCAGAUGGAUUCAAACCGACAUUUGUAGGUCAGGUUACCCUUACUUGCCGGCCAGAAGACCAUAAAAUUUCAUUCAUUGCCAAGAGUUGAGCUCAUGAGAGCUCACUCUUUUUGGAAUUGAAGCCAGUCAAGAGUCCACGAGAAGAAGUCUUCGCAACUCCGCUGUACUCCAGAAAAAGCGCAUUCAUCAGUUCACGAAGACACAAGUUCAUAACUGCGGCAUUACUUUAAAGAAACGAAAUCGUGAUUCAGCUGAGAAGAUAUCUGGUUAAGAGUGUAGAGGCGGGAAAUAUUGGCGUUUGGCGUCUUUUUUACAUUCCAACACGGCAGCAACAGAAAACUAUUGUUCAUGUCGCCGGAACUUUGUUCAUCGUGAUUUAUUUUUUUACUUUUUUUACAUCUUGAUGGAAUUUGCAAUGUAUUUGUGAGGGAUUUGAUACAUUUAUUUGUCGAAUUAUUUUACAAUUCAAUAACCUUUACUAUUAUUCAAUGGCUUGUUUUAUUUAGACGGUGGAUUUUUUACAUUCUAAUAGUAUUUUUAAUACGUUUUUAAUAGACUUUUUUCUGGUGAUUAAUUUAUAUCUUGAUAGAAUACUUAAUGAUUUUUUAACAGAAUAAUUUAUUUAUUUAGCAAACAUUUACAUUUCAAUGAAACUUUUAAUUUUGCCUGAGAACUUUUUUUAUUUAUUAAAUGUGUUUGAACAGGUUUUUUUUUUUUUUUUUAAUUUCUUUCAAAUUAAACCUUUUCUGAAUCCUAAAAGUUCAUUAGAAAGCUUUUUUAAAAAAGGUAUAGUAUCGUCAAAUGAAUUGUUUUUACGUAACGAUGAUCAAACGGGAGCAAAUACAAAGGUUGCUAUACAAUUGCGGAAUAUCGCCAAACUUGGAAACGAUGAAUCCAUUAUAUCGUCAAUUUUCCAAUGUUCUACACUUCAGUCAACAACCGAACAAUUGUUUCUUGAAUAGAUAGUUAACUUCUUGACUGUGGUUUGAAUUGCAUUGUAACAUAUUCUUAUACACUGCAAAAUAAAUCGCAACUUAUCAUCACCACUUAUGUGGUUUCUGAUCUCUCCAUAUGAAAACAAUGUUUGAUGUGCUU